GCAAUGGUCGCACGCCUGCGCACAACUGCCAAAUUACCAGCUGUUUUGUCCAAGUUGCAAGUCCUUUAUUAUUCCAUCCCAGGAGAGCUGGUGAUUGGGCCCGUGGAAGUGGUGCUAGAGUGGAAGUGACGUGCCAGUGGUAGAAUUUCCCGAAGGAAAUUGCGUGAAAAGUCGCCCCAGUCGUGAAGUCCAGCUCGGGUUUAUUUUGGUUUAGUGUUUAAUGGCGUCGUAGAGUGGACACAACGUCGAAUUGCGUUGAAUUUCCCAAACGGACAAUCGUGUGAUUGUGAGAAAAUGGCAACGACGAAGGCCACGAGCAGCGCCCUUCGAGCCCUCGCAGUCGAGUACAAGAGUCUCCAGGAGGAGCCCGUUGAAGGCUUCUGCGUCAAACUUGUCAACGAAGACAAUCUUUUCGAAUGGGAAGUGGCUAUUUUCGGGCCACCUGACACCCUCUACAUGGGAGGAUGUUUCAAGGCUAGAAUGAAAUUUCCACCGGAUUAUCCAUAUUCACCACCGUCAAUUAGAUUUUUAACGAAAGUUUGGCAUCCCAACGUGUAUGAGAAUGGAGAUUUAUGUAUCAGUAUUUUACAUCCACCAGUCGAUGAUCCCCAAUCAGGAGAACUGCCAUGUGAACGUUGGAACCCCACGCAAAGUGUGCGUACAAUUUUACUAAGUGUGAUAUCACUUUUGAAUGAACCUAACACAUUCAGUCCCGCAAAUGUUGACGCAUCUGUUAUGUACCGACGUUGGAGGGAUUCGAAGGGCAGAGAUAAAGAAUACGAAAAUAUAAUUAGGUUUGUAUCAAGUUUCGUGCCCCUAACUCUGGAGGAUUACUGCAUUAAAACGCAGAUUAAGCCAAACACAUCCGAUUCUCAGGUUGAAAUGACAGAUUUCUACGACGACGAUUAUGACGAAGACUACGACGAUCCCUCGGACGGUUCAGAAUACGCCGACGAAGACGACAAUGACAGCGGCAARGGAGAGUCGUGAUCGAGCUAAGCGUCCCGAUUGCCCUUUAUUUGUACAUUUUUUUAGUUUAAUUUACUCUCUAAUUUUACACGCAUAUUUUUGUAGAUUGAAAAUAGAAAGUGUUUUUAAGAAUUACCUACAACUCAUUUAACGUAAAUGUGGUCAUCCUAGAUAAUUUAUGUGCUAUGGAAUUUAAUUUCGUUUGUCAUAUAGUCGAAUAUGAUAUAAUUUGGAGUGUUACAAUAGCAAAAAAUAUCUUGGGUGAGCUAUCAGCAAGACUGUAACUAACACGAGAAAAUGGUUGCAAUUUUUUACGAUCUCAGUUUAACCACCGGUUCUUAUAUCAAUUGUGUACAUAAUGAACUUAUCGUGUAUUUGUCUCUUUAAGUAUUUUACUGUUUUGAUAAAUAAAAGUGCAGCUAGUGGAA